AAAAAGACUCUCUCUCUCCCAUUUACAUCUCUUCAUCUUCUUCUCUUUCUGCAUUUUGUGACUAAAUUUGUUCCGAUCUCCGAAAAAUAUGAAAUCUUAUUAGAAAAAUACCGGAAAAGAAACAGAUUAGUACAUUCGAUUCAGCACCUUCAAGUAAGCAUAUCCACACCUCUUCUGGUCUUUUAUGAUAUUUUUUCUUAUCUUUUUUUAAAAAAACUUAUAUAAUUGAUCUUUGAUCCAAGUUGUCUCUGUUUUUCAAUUUCGGGAUUUGGAACUAUAUAUUGUAGGAUCGUGACAAUUCCGAAUUUCAGAUUUCGAUCGAUCAUCUUUUCAAGUAUUAGUGCGGUUGCAGAACACAAAAUAAGAGGAAUUGCUUGAUUAUAGCUAUGGAAGAAGCAACAAAAGUGAGUUCAGACGUCCCUCAAGCUAAGGAAGUGACAAAGGAAGAUACUGUCAUGGAGAAAGAAGAGGAGGAUACAAUAUUUGAUGGUGGAUUUGUAAAAGUUGAGAAAGAAGGGAUCAACAAAAAGUAUGAUGAUGAUGAUGAUGAGAAAGCAGAGAAGCAGUUGAAGUCUUUAGAAGAUGCUUUGCAGUUACAUGAUGUUAAACAUAAGGAACUAACUGAAGUUAAGGAAGCUUUUGAUGGGUUAGGUCUCGAGCUUGAGAACUCGAGAAAGAAGAUGAUAGAGUUGGAGGACAGGAUAAGAAUUUCUGCUUUAGAGGCAGAGAAACUUGAAGAGCUUCAAAAGCAAAGUGCAUCAGAACUUGAAGAGAAACUAAAGAUUUCAGAUGAAAGAUACUCCAAAACAGAUGCUCUUUUAUCUCAAGCUUUGUCCCAAAACUCUGUUCUUGAGCAGAAACUGAAAUCUUUGGAGGAAUUAUCCGAGAAAGUAUCUGAAUUAAAAUCUGCUUUGAUAGUGGCUGAAGAGGAAGGAAAGAAGUCGAGCAUUCAGAUGCAGGAAUACCAAGAAAAGGUAAGUAAAUUGGAGUCAUCUUUGAACCAAUCAUCGGCGAGAAACUCAGAGCUUGAAGAAGAUUUGAGAAUUGCUUUGCAGAAAGGUGCAGAGCAUGAAGAUAUUGGAAAUGUGAGUACUAAGCGCAGCGUUGAACUACAAGGUCUAUUCCAAACAUCUCAGUUAAAACUAGAGAAAGCAGAGGAAAAAUUGAAAGACUUGGAAGCAAUACAAGUGAAAAACUCGAGCCUUGAAGCUACUUUAAGCGUUGCAAUGGAGAAAGAGAGGGACUUGUCAGAAAAUCUUAAUGCUGUGAUGGAGAAGCUGAAAUCCUCUGAAGAGAGACUUGAGAAGCAAGCAAGAGAAAUAGACGAAGCUACCACAAGAAGCAUAGAGCUUGAAGCUUUGCAUAAACACUCAGAGCUUAAAGUUCAAAAGACAAUGGAGGAUUUUAGUAGCAGAGAUACAGAGGCCAAGUCUUUGACUGAGAAAUCAAAAGAUCUCGAGGAGAAAAUAAGAGUAUAUGAAGGGAAAUUGGCUGAAGCAUGUGGUCAAUCACUGUCUUUGCAAGAAGAACUUGAUCAGUCGUCUGCGGAGAAUGAGUUACUAGCAGAUACAAACAACCAGCUCAAGAUCAAGAUUCAAGAACUUGAAGGAUAUCUGGAUUCUGAGAAGGAAACCGCAAUCGAAAAGUUAAACCAGAAAGACACAGAAGCUAAAGACUUGAUUACAAAGUUGAAAUCCCAUGAAAACGUAAUCGAGGAGCACAAAAGGCAGGUUCUUGAAGCAUCUGGAGUUGCUGAUACUAGAAAAGUGGAGGUAGAAGAGGCUUUGUUGAAACUUAACACUCUUGAGUCUACAAUCGAAGAGCUUGAGAAAGAGAAUGGAGAUUUGGCUGAAGUGAAUAUAAAGCUGAACCAGAAACUAGCAAAUCAAGGGUCAGAGACCGACGAUUUUCAGGCUAAGCUCUCUGUUUUAGAGGCUGAGAAAUAUCAACAAGCUAAAGAACUUCAGAUAACCAUAGAAGAUCUAACAAAACAGCUUACUUCUGAAAGAGAAAGACUACGAUCACAGAUCUCUUCCCUUGAAGAAGAGAAAAACCAAGUCAAUGAGAUAUAUCAGAGCACAAAGAAUGAGCUCGUAAAGCUUCAAGCACAACUCCAAGUAGACAAGUCUAAAUCCGAUGAUAUGGUAUCCCAAAUCGAGAAGCUCAGUGCCUUGGUUGCUGAAAAGUCGGUGUUGGAGUCAAAAUUUGAACAAGUAGAAAUACAUUUGAAAGAAGAGGUGGAAAAAGUAGCAGAAUUGACCUCAAAAUUGCAGGAACAUAAACAUAAGGCGAGUGACCGAGAUGUGCUUGAAGAGAAAGCAAUUCAGCUUCAUAAAGAGCUUCAAGCUUCUCACACAGCCAUUUCUGAACAGGUUAAUAAAUAUUUCUUUAGCUUCUUCUAACUUUAUAUCUAAUUGUGCUUAGUAUAUAUUCUUGAGUUAUGAUACUUUCUUCUGUGGGGGAAACAGAAAGAAGCCUUGUCUCAUAAGCAUUCAGAGUUGGAAGCUACUUUAAAGAAAUCACAAGAAGAGCUUGAUGCUAAAAAAUCUGUGAUCGUUCAUCUCGAAUCGAAGUUGAAUGAGCUUGAACAGAAAGUGAAGCUUGCAGAUGCUAAAUCUAAGGAAACUGAGUCUACGGGAAAAGAGGAAGAAGUAGAAGUGAAAUCUCGAGACAGUGACUUAUCUUUUUCAAAUCCAAAGCAAACUAAGAUCAAGAAGAACUUGGAUGCUGCUUCGUCUUCAGGGCACGUUAUGAUUCAGAAAGCUGAAACAUGGCAUCUCAUGACAUUGAAGAUCGCACUUGGAGUGGCUCUUGUCUCUGUCAUUCUAGGUAUCAUUGUUGGGAAAAAUUAUUGAUUUCUUUUUGUUAUAUUUAUGAAAGAUUUGUUUGUUUGAUUGUUUCGUGGUUCUAAGAAUUUUUGCUUCUACCAUACUUUUAUUUCUUAUUGACCAAGCAAGACCACACUAGAAUCUGAUUCAUUCUAACAAUAUCGUUGGAAUUUGGAAACCGUUCAUCGAAAUUGAAUUGAAAAAUGAU